AUGCAGACUGGGCGUCCAGCGGCGCCCGUGGGGCUCCGGCCACCUUGCAGGCUGCUUGCUCCGAAGGAACUCAGGCGCGGUCCUCGAUGCAGCGUGGCGGGGCCCCGGGAGAUAACUGGACCUGCCGAUGUGGGGUCCCUCAUCCCUGAGACUCUGGAGGAAAUGGCCCAAGACGUGGAGUUUCAGAGGACAGCUGAGCGCCUUCGCCGCGAGGGACAGGCUGCUUUGACCAGGGAAGAGAAAGUAAGGCGCCAGAGGUCACUGGACAACCUGGGAGUACCAUCCUUCUACAAAAUGGUCAAGGACAGCGGGGCGACUGGUCUGAAUCGGUCAGCUGCUAAGAUAUUCCAGCUGAACAUUGGCCUGUACUGCAACCAAGCCUGCACACAUUGUCAUGUCGAAAGCUCUCCAAAAAGAACUGAGAUGAUGAGCAAAGAGACAGCAGAGCGAUGCAUCGAUCUCUUGAAGUCAUGCAGCACAGUGGACACGCUGGACAUCACGGGAGGCGCUCCUGAACUGAAUUCACAAUUCAGAUAUCUUGUUGAACAGGCGUCUGCUCUGGGGGUAGAUGUCAUCGACCGCUGCAACCUGACAGUCCUUAUGGAACCAGGCCAGGAGGAUUUGCCACAGUUUCUGGCAGACCACAAAGUACAUGUGGUGGCAUCGCUGCCGUGCUACAGCCAAAAGAAUGUCGACAAGCAGAGGGGUGCCGGGGUGUUUGAGAGAAGCAUUUGGGGUCUACAGAUUCUGAACCGUCUGGGCUAUGGGAAGGAAGGCACUGGGCUCAACCUGGACCUUGUGUACAACCCUGGUGGGCCAUUCCUGGCCCCGUCACAAGCCACAUUGGAGGCGGCAUAUAAACAGGAGCUGAGAGAGGGAUAUGACAUUGAAUUCAACAAAUUGUUUUGCCUCAAUAACAUGCCCAUCAAGCGUUUUGCAGACUACCUCAUUCGACGUGGCAAGCUGGAAGAGUACAUGCAACUGCUCCUGGAUAACUUCAAUCCAGCAGCAGCAGAGGGCUUGAUGUGUCGUGACACAGUCAGUGUUGGAUGGGAUGGCAGGAUCUACGACUGUGAUUUCAACCAGCAGCUGGAGAUUGGUGUGAUGAGGCCUGGAAGCAAUGGAAAUGGGAACAACUCACAGGAGUUUGUGUCUGUCUUCAACAUUGAAUCACUUAAUGAGCUCAUUAACUGGCGCAUCGCAUGUGACAACCAUUGCUUUGGGUGCACCGCAGCAUCGAUUUCUCUCAGCGGCUUCUUCAUAUCUUCUCCGCUCUUCUGCUGGAACAAUCUUGCGACUCUCUUCACGUGUGCUUCUGUGUAUUCACGGGGAGCUGGCGGCUUCCUGCUGGGAAUGGAUGCCAACUGA